AUGUCUAAAAAUGACGUUAAUUCUUACAAACCCAGUAUCCAGAAUUAUUCCUACACUCUGGAGGAUGGAAGUCAUGUAAACCCUUCUUACAAGGACCUUGUUCUUCCCAACAUUCUCAGAAACGGCUCAAAAUGUGUACAUGAUCUUUUUAAAGAAGCUAUGACUCUGGGAGGUGACCGUGAUUUCCUUGGCACACACCCGACCCCUUCCUCACCUUAUGUAUGGAAAUCCUUCAGGGAAGUCUAUGAACUUGUCAAACAGUUUGGCUCUGGUCUCCGUACUAUCGAUUCACUCACUUCAGAACCGUUCAAGUGCUGCGCCGAACUCUCGGUGUUAGUGUGUGAUUCCUCAGAAAAAGCCAUGCAUCUACUGAGUCUUGCCGAGCAAGUUCCCUUUGUGAAACACAUCGUCAUAAUGAACAACGAUGAUGAUUUAGUUGAGCUAAAAACAAAAGCUGGAGACAAUAUUGAGAUUGUCACCUUUAAUGAUAUACUGGAACGUGGAAAAUCCUCGCCACUUGAAACCAUGCCCUCCGAACCAGAUGACUUAGCCCUUGUAUGUUAUACAAGUGGAACAACAGGUGUCCCAAAAGGAGUGGUCAUUUCAAAUCGCAUGAUGCUAGCCAGCCUGAACAAUAAUAUACUCAACUGUGGUCAAGGUAUUAUUACAUCAGAGGGUGCCUACUUAUCUUACCUUCCCAUGGCACAUAUUUUGGAACAGAUGUUUGUUCUUCUUACAAUAUUCUCUCGGGGUAGAAUUGGCUUUUAUUCUGGCGAGCCCCGCCUUCUCUUUGAAGAUGCGAAAAUGUUGAAACCCACCCUAUGGACUACUGUUCCUCGAAUCUUAUUGCGGAUUUAUGAGGGCGUUCAGAAGAAAAUUGGCAAUUCUUCGUUCAAGAAGUCUCUUUUCAAUAGGGCUCUUGGCGCCAAAAUCAAAAGUGUUGAUGCGCACAACUUCUCUACCAACACGAUUUGGGAUAUCCUCUUCUUCUCCAAAGUUCGGGCUCUAAUGGGAGGAAAUGUUAGAGUUAUUGUCUGUGGUGGUGCACCCCUACCUACCCACGUUCUUCGAUUCACUCGAGCUGCCUUCUCCUGUUGGGUAUUUGAGGGUUACGGUUCAACAGAAACUGCAGGCUCCCUCUCAUCAGCAGCUGCAAGUGAUUGUGAUGGUGGUCACGUGGGGGCACCUGUGCCCGGUCUCAGGGUCAAAUUGGCCGAUAUCCCCUCAAUGAACAUUGUUGCUGCACGAGACAAUAAGGGCGAGAUUCGCGUUAAAGGCCCAAGCUGUACAACGGGUUAUUACAAGGAUCCUGAGAACACAGCAGAGCUCUUCGAUUCCGAGGGGUGGAUGCGUACCGGUGAUGUUGCUGUUUGGACUGAUAAAAAUAGUCUCAAGAUUGUCGACCGCUGCAAACAUAUCUUCAAGCUAUCUCAGGGCGAGUAUGUGGCUCCGGAAAAGAUUGAAUCCGUCUACUUGGAAAGCCGAUUCGUAAAUCAAGUCUUUGUUGACGGUGACACAGAGCAGUCCUAUCCUGUUGCCAUUGUUGUACCAGAGGCUCAAACUCUUGCCCAGUAUGUUAACUCCUCUAAACCUGACACCACGACCCCUACUAGCAAUGGAAUCAGCAAAAAUCACCAACCUCAACAAAAGGAAGCACCUGCUGGUGACAGUGUGACUUCUGUCAAAGCACCGGGUGAACAAUCGAAGGAUGAAUCUGUGACUGCGACAGAAGAUAAGAAAUCGGCUGUUCAGGCUGUUACUCCUGACGAAACCUAUGUUGUGCAUGGCAGCCAGAUGACUUUGGAACAGCUGUGUGACUAUAAACCAGCGAUUAAGACUGUUCUUGAUGAUCUAUACGCUCUUGGCAAAGCUCGAGGACUCAAAGGCUUUGAGCAGGUCAAGGCCAUUCGUCUUUCCUCUAUACCCUUCACAAUCGAAAAUGGAAUGCUAACCCCUACACUGAAGUCAGCUCGUACCAUUAUACGACAAGAAUUUGCCUCCGCCAUCAAGGCUCUCUAUCACCCAACAAGCAUCUAA